AUGGCUUCCAAAUUAGAAGAGGAUCUCUGCUGUCCCGUCUGCCAAGAUUUCUUCAGAGAUCCUGUCAUUCUGUCAUGUAGCCACAGCUUCUGUAAAGACUGUUUGAAGAGCUGGUGGAAAGACAAAGUAAUAAAAGAUUGUCCAGUUUGUAAGAAAAAAAGAUCAAAGUCAGAACCACCUGUUAACCUGGCGUUAAAGAACCUGUGUGAGACCUUCUUACAGGAGAGAGAUCAGAGCUCUUCACAUGCUCUCUGCAGUCUGCACUCAAAGAAACUCAGACUAUUCUGUCUGGACCAUCAGCAGCCAGUGUGUGUCAUCUGCAGAGAUUCAGAAAAACACACCGACCACAGAUUCAGACCCAUCGACGAAGCUGCACAACGACACAAGAAGCAGCUUCAGGAAACUCUGAAGCCCUUGAAGAAGAAGUUAAAGUGUUUUGCAAGUGUUAAAGUAGAGUUUGAACAAACAGCAGAACACAUUAAGGUCCAGGCCGGACUCACAAAGAAGCAGAUCAAGGAUCAGUUUAAAAAGCUUCAUCAGUUUCUUGAGGAGGAAGAGGAGGCCAGGAUGGCUGCACUGAGGGAUGAAGAGGAGCAGAAGUGUCAGAUGAUGAAGGAGAAGAUUGAGUCUCUGAGCAAAGACAUAACGGCUCUUUCAGACACAAUCAGAAUCACAGAGGACGAGCUGAGAGCUGAAGACGUCUUGUUCCUGCUCAACUACAAGGCUGCAGUGGAACGAGUCCAGCAGUGCCCCCUGCUGGAUGAUCCACAGCUGGCCUCAGGAGCUCUGAUAGACAAGGCCAAACAUCUGGGCAACCUGAGCUUCAACAUCUGGAACAGGAUGAAGGACGUGGUCUCCUACAAUCCUGUGGUUCUGGACCCAAACUCUGCUUAUCAAGGUCUUGUCCUAUCCGAAGAUCUGACCAGUUUGAGACAAGGAAAGAGACAGAAGCUCCCUGACAAUCCAGAGAGGUUUGCUCAUUAUCCAUCAGUCCUGGGAUCUGAGGGAUUUAACUCAGGGACUCACAGCUGGGACGUCCUGGUUGGAGACAGUACACACUGGUUACUGGGUGUGUCAGCAGAGUCUGUCCAGAGGAAGGGAGACAAACUAUCUGGAUCAUGGAGAAUAAGGUUCUAUGAAGGAAAAUACGUAGCAGGGUCACCAUCAGCAUCAUCUGAUCUAUCUGUGCAGAAGAUCCAGAGGAUCAGAGUGAAACUGGACUGGAACAGAGGAAAACUGUCAUUCUCUGAUCCUGAUACUAACACACACAUUCACACCUUUACACACACUUUCACUCAGAAGAUGUUUCCAUACUUUAACACUAUAGAUCAUCAUCACCAAGUGAAGCUGUUACCUGUGAAUAUCUCUGGGACACGGGAUCAGAUCAGUUAG